AUGCCCUUUAACUUAUCAACUCGGUCUCCAUCGCUGAAACAGAUCUGCCGACAGUACGAGAAGCCGUUGGUUCUACAGUUAUGCCGCCUUGUACGGGGCUUCACGCACCCGGCAUCGUACUUCGCGGGCGACAGGAACCCAUCCUCGAGCAAGAAUCGCCGCCACAGUCGGGGCACCAGCGGGGGAAGUCGGCAAGACUUAGCUCUAUUCUCGGUGGACGAGUUCAGCGCAGAAAUGGAUAGUCUCCUGGAGAUUACACUUCGCUCGAGGGUCAUCGAAAAGCUGUCGGUGGCCCUUGAUGCGUGCCUCUUCUCUACACAAUCUGGCCAGGGGGCGUGUCCAAGGAUGAACGAGGAUGGAACAGCAAAGGAAGAGAACCACUGGGACGGCAACAGAAGUCUGGACAGCAUAGCCAGGGCCGACGGUAACGGUGGCUGUGGCAAACAUGAGAAAAGCCGAGUACCGUUAGAGGACAGCGACCACCUUGCGGUGCACUCUGUGCACAUCUUCAUGCAGAACCUGUACCACUACGCUACACAAAACACGGUGCGGUGCAACUUCAGCUCGACUUUUGUGUCACAGUCUGCGAACGGAUGGGUUGACGAAGGAACUAGCGCCAUAGGUCAGGAAGAGGGAGAGGACGAUCGUAGACACCGCAAGGCCGGAGUCGAGGCUGCGCUGGCCCAAGGGAUUGCGUCAAGCUUGAGAACUUUGGUCAUUGCGUCAUUUCGCGCCCCCCCAAAUAAGUUCGUCCUAGGUGAGGCCAACAUGGAAGAUAAAGCAAGUAGAACAUUGGGAGACAUUCUCCAAGAGAAUACGGAACGAAGCGGGGUCGUGCUUGUUCCCAUAAUGAACCGUACACCACCAAUUGUGGUCUGGGGAAAACGGGAGAAAUCAUUGUUACCUUUGGUAGAUCACAUUGCAGGACUGAUGCAGAGACUCAAUCCCACCGGGUCCCUACUGCGAGCCCGGCCGUUUGUUGCCCGGCACGACUACAUCUUCACCCUGCUGUGCCUCUUGAACGUCAACAUGGGCGCCCUUAACAACGGCGCUCUAUUAGUAGGGAACGGGGAGUCAAUGAGAGUCGCAGAGGAAGACAGGGCCACGGCUACGAGCGUUAUCGGAGAAACAGCCAUGGAUUUUUCCUUGGAGAUGGUGCUGGCGCAGGGCUUGAUGGACGAUAUGGCAGGGGUGUUUCAGGAGAUGUCUCCGGAAGCUAAACGCCGUGUGGUGCAGAGGGUAACCAAGUCGGGAGCCUUACCAGUCUCCCGCGACGCCCCGGGCUACUCGGCGGUCCUCAAACUGUUGGGGGUCACGGAUUCCAGCCUAGACUGUGGCGAACAGGGGGCGAUUUCGACCGGAAAUACUGGAAGGGCAGGUGAAGCUUCUAUUGCGCAGUCAGGAGUCGCGAGGAGCGUUUUUUCAAACAGGACCAGGGUCGCUUGGGGCGGUCAUCCAAGCAACUGCAUUUCUGUGGUGAAUGGGGACCUAAUGAAGAUGGGUGUUGAUUGCGAGACGUGCGUAACGUGCCGGUGGCCAGAGAGUAAAAGCUGCCGGGAGGGAGAGGACUGGGCGUCCGAUCGCAAGUCGGCCAAGAACGAGGCGGAGGCAAGGGCGCGAACGCUCAGCAGAGCAUCCACGACAGGCGUAGAAAGCGCCGUCAACAUUAAAGCCGAACGAAAAGCGGCCGGAAAUGGAAAGACCUUCGUGCCCACCGAGCGCGACCAUAAGUUACAGAUACAUCACGAGGAGGGUGGAAAAUCAGGGCAUUCGGUUGGGAAGAUAAGCGGUGGUGAAGCAAAGGUCGACAAAGCCGCUGUAUCGGGGCAUGGAGGGCAGGGGGAAGACAAGGGUGUGGGAAGAGGGCUCGCGUCUCUUGGAGAUCUACCCUCGCUCGGGAGGAGAACUGACCCUGGCACCCUAGCGGACCUUAAGCAGCAAAGGGUCAGAGUGAAUCUCGGUCUUCCAAGGAACGCCGUGUCAUCGAGGCUCAAAGCAGCCUGUGACGGAAGCCAUGCGGACGGCUCUCGGACUGCCAGAUUGUCGAGAGGCCACAAUGAUGGCAGGGUUGAUGGUAAUGGGUGGGCAGGCGGAGAAUCUUGGAGCGAGGGUUCUGGGGAUGAAGGUGCACGAGAUGCGGGAGGCCCGAAACGUGGGCGGAAGGAGAGAUCCGGGAGCCGCAGGGAGGGCAACGGAGCCGAUGGAAUGCCCAAAGAGUUCCUGUGCGCCAUCAACGGCCACAUGAUGAAGCUGCCGGUCAGGUCGCCACACGGGCAUGUGUUCGAGCUUUCUACCAUCUUACUGUGGCUUGAAUCCAGGGGGCGGGUGUGUCCGUUUUCCGGAAAGCCGUUGAGCAAAGAGGAGCUGGUACCCGAAGAAGAGCUGAGAACACGGAUAAUGCGGUGGCGCAUAGAAAAAACUGAUGUCGGCAUUGACCGUCGCGGGCUUGAGGACGACGAUAUCUACGACUUUUGA